AUGACCCACCGGUGGCAGCGGACGCACCGCUCCAUCAAGAUCCCGAAUGUGAAGCUGCGGCCGGUCCCGCCGCGCGUGCCGUCGGAGGCGGACGCCGCGGGCGCGGAGGACGACGCGCAUUUCCGCGCGCUCCGCGACCGCGGCGCGACGCGCGGCGCGCAUGCCGUCGCGGACUUUUGCGGCGACGCGUUGACGCCGCUGCGGGGCACGGUGCUGAGCUUCACGGGCAUCGCCGAGAAGCGCGAGCUCACCGAGAUGGCCGAGCAGCUGGGCGCGCGCGUGUGCGCGAACCUCACGAGCGACGUGACGCACCUCGUGGCGCGGGCCCCCGGCUCGGCCAAGUACCAUGCCGCGGUGCAGUUCCGGAUGUGGGUCGUGCGCCCCGAGUGGCUGCACGCGGUGCGCGAGGCGUGGCUCGCAGGCGAGGACCACGUCGACAUCGACCAGCUCGCGACCGAGUGCCGCCUCGGCGCCCUCGAGGGCCUCACCGUCGCGCUCACCGGCGUGCACGCGCAGGCGCGUGAGGCGCUCGAGCGGCGCAUCACGGCGCUCGGCGCGCUCGUCGCGCCCAAGCUCGUGUGGGACGGCUCGAUCACGCACCUCGUGUGCGUCGGCGACGACGCGGAGCGCCCGCGCCGCGGCCUGGCCAAGGUCCUGGCUCUGCGGCAGCCGGGCGAGCAGACGAACCUAGAGCACACGCGCGCAGCCCUGCAGAUCCGCCUCGUGCACGGCGCGUGGGUCGACGACUGCGAGGCCACGGGCGUGCUCGUCCCGGAGGCCGAGUACGACGCGCUGCAGCCGCUCGCGGCCGACGCGCGCGCCGCGCGCGUCGCGGCGCUCACAGCGCGCCCCCUCGUGCCGGCGCCCGCGGAGCCAGCGCCCGAGCCAGGGGCGCCGCAGGUGUGGUACGACGACCCCGCGGCGCGGCGUGAGCAGACGCGGCUGCUCGCGCUCGUGGACGAGCUGGCCGCCGAGCGGCCGUCGAAGCGCGCGCGCUAG